AUGGCAGAGGGAGACAAGAAGGCUUCCAAGAAGAAGCAUGGGAGCCGUAACCCGGUCCUGGCUCGGGGCAUCAACCGUUAUUCCCGGUCUGCAAUGUACGCCCGCAGGGCCAUGUACAAGCGCAAGACCAAGACCACUGAGACUAAGGUGGAGAAGAAGAUGAAGGUGAAGCCUCAGUUCACAGUUGUUAAGAAUGUUGGAGGAGAUAAGAAUGGAGGUACUCGUGUUGUCAAGCUGCGCAAGAUGCCCCGCUACUACCCAACAGAAGAUGUUCCCCGCAAACUGAAGAGCCAUGGGAAGAAACCCUUCAGUCAGCACAAGAGGAAGCUGAGAGCCUCCAUCAGCCCAGGAUCUGUCCUUAUUCUGCUCACAGGUCGCCACCGUGGAAAGCGGGUGGUGUUCCUGAAGCAGCUCUCAAGUGGUCUCCUUCUUGUCACUGGCCCUCUUGCCUUGAACAGAGUCCCCGUGCGCAGGGCUCAUCAGAAAUUUGUCAUUGCAACAAACACCAAAGUUGACAUCACUGGCAUGAAGAUCCCUAAAACCCUGAACGAUGCCUACUUCAAGAAGAAGAAGCUGAGGAGGCCCCGUCACCAGGAGGGAGAGAUCUUUGAUACAGAAAAAGAGAAGUACCAGCUGACAGAGCAGAGGAAAGAAGUUCAGAAAGCAGUUGAUGCUCAGCUCCUGCCCCUGAUCAAGAAAGUUCCCCAGAUGAAAGGGUACCUGCGCUCUUCCUUCUGCCUGUCUAACGGAGUCUUCCCACACAAGCUGGUUUUCUAAAUGUGUUGUAAUAAACAGUACCACAGUCA